CCAUCACCGUUUAUUUACUCCACUCACCUUCCCCAAACCCCAACUCAUUUCAAAUUAAUCCAAGGCUCCUCAUUUUCAGAUCCAACUUCAAUCCCCACCACCACCAAAACCUAUGUCCACCGCCGUCGCCGUCAAGCCAGUUCGGAAAUUUCCGCCGCCGUGCUGGACGCGCGACGAGGCGCUUGUGCUGAUCGAGGCUUACCGUGAGAGAUGGUACGCGCUCCACCGAGCCUUCCUGCGAAAUCCCGACUGGGAUGCGGUGGCGGAGAAGGUAACAACCAGCUGCCCUGAUGUCACCCCGCCGAAGACCUCGGCUCAGUGCCGUCACAAGAUGGAGAAGCUCCGCCAGCGUCACCGUGCAGAAAAGCAGCGUGCAUCGGCAUUCCCCGGCGGCCGUUUUUUCUCGUCGUGGUUCUACUUUGAAGCCAUGGAGGCCAUGGAGAAUGGUCCCAACGCGGAAACGGGUAACGAUAAUCAAACCAAUACAGAAAUUAACAACGCGAAUGCAAUUGGAACCCCUGUUCUGGAUCAUCAGGGGUUGAAUCCGGGUCGUGGAAUUCGAAUUAAGCCUUUAGCUGUUCAGAAUUUGGUAACUUUAGCUGCUAGUUCCACCAACCAUAAGCCUGAUUUUGAUUCUAGGGUUUCAAAUCAUAAUUCUUCAUAUAUGAAUAACUGGUCCAAUCAAGAAGAUGAGAACGAAGAUGGGUAUUUUGUUGAUAGCACAAUCAACGAAACCUCGAUUCAUCCAGGGUACAAAAAUCACAAGAAUUCUCCCUUCACCGGUGGGAUUCGGGUAAAACCCUUGAUAAUUUCUCACCCGGAUCCCAGGCCAAGAAAAUUUAGCAAGGUGGUUCAUGAUCAUGAAGUCGAUGACGAUGGUGAAAUGUGGAUUAAAGUGCCCAAGAACACAAAUUUGUUUCAGGGGAACCAUCAAAACGAUAGCAGUUGGAAUCCUAGUUUGAAUCAGGGGAAAAAGAGAGGGAAUGUAGGGAUUCAGGAGGUGGUGUCGUCGAUUAAACUAUUGGGAGAUGGGUUCAUGAAGAUGGAGAAGAUGAAGAUAGACAUGGCUCGGGAGAUUGAGAGAAUGCGAAUGGAGACGGAGAUGAAACGAAACCAGUUGAUAUUGGAGUCACAAAAGCAGAUUGUGGAUGCGUUUGUGAAUGGUUUGAUCGAGAUCAGGAAGCAGCCAAGAACAGAAACAGUAGCUGAUUCAUAAUGUUUAUUAGUUUUUGUAUUCAAUAAUGUGUUUUUAGUUGAGAGAUAACAUAGGUUCGCUUAAACUUUGUCAUAUGUAAAAAUAUAUCAUAUCUUUAUGUGGGUUGAAAUCCAUCUUCC